AUGGGGUGGUGGUGGUCACUGGUCACUGGGGGUGGCAGCGUCGGCGGCGAUGGUGAUGGAGGUGGAGGAGGAAUGGGCCGCGAGUGUGAGUGCGUGUCGUUUCAGGACCUGGAGAAAAUGGGGUCGAGCAGACGGGGCCGCGCGGUCGUGCUUCCGGAGAGGACGGGACGAGGCGACAUGUUGAGGAGACUAUCGACGGGCCGCUCCCGGGAAGGGCUGGGGCGACAAGUUUACACGCAGAUGGGCGGAGGGACCAUAGCGGGAGGACUACGAACGGGUUCCUUCGUGGGCCACCUACCUGAACAGCUAACAUUAGUAUGCCAGUACGCACACGCCCACCUUGACUCGGGACUCAGAAACGGGACUUGGCAAAAGGACGAUGCCGCGCCGUAUUACGUGCGCCAGCGUCGCAUUCGAGGAUUUUCGCGGGGUGGUGGUGGUGAUGGUGGUUCCUCUACUCUUAUUUUAGCUGCUGCUGUCCGCGGGUUUUCACGGCGGGCGAGCCAGCGAGCGAGCCGGCGACUUUUCUGGUCUUAUUAUUUUGGGUGA